UCGGCUCGGCCGCCACCGUUGCCACGUCAGCCCUCGCGGGCGGCGCGCCGGGGAACAGCCAGAUCCGAAAGUACAGGUCGCCUAGGGAUGGCGCGGGGCGGGUCCUGGAGCCGACUGGGCCGACCCCAAACAUCCGCUUCCGGGGCCGCGGCCAUAGCACUUACAGAGUCUGCGGACCCGCCUGGCUGUACGCAGGACCGGACCCCGGAGCCCACGGUCCCUGAGUUGCUACCGCCUUCGCCCGACUGCGCGCCGCCUGCAUCCGGCCGGCCGCCUCCUCAGCCAGUCAUGCUGGAGCAUCUGAGCUCGCUGCCCACGCAGAUGGAUUACAAGGGCCAAAAGCUAGCGGAACAGAUGUUUCAGGGAAUUAUUCUUUUUUCUGCAAUAGUUGGAUUUAUCUACGGGUACGUGGCUGAGCAGUUCGGGUGGACUGUCUAUAUAGUUAUGGCCGGAUUUGCUUUUUCGUGUUUGCUGACACUUCCUCCAUGGCCAAUUUAUCGCCGACACCCACUCAAGUGGCUACCUGUUCAAGACUCAGGCACAGAAGACAAGAAGUCAGGGGAAAGAAAAGUUAAGCGGCAUGCUAAAAAUAAUUGAUUGGGGUUUUCAUGAUUGUUUUACUGUUACAUCUACUUUUGUUUCAUUUGAGAUAAAUUGUCUUCAUACCCAAAACAUGAGCUGAAAACCACCAAUGCUUUUAUGACACAGCUGUGUAUAGAUUUUGUUCUCUUUGUAUUUCACUUUUAACACAGUUGGGUUUUGAUUUGUAAGUAUUUCAGACCUUCUCUUCAUAAUUUUUCUCUGCCUUUGAGAACAGAAAACACAAGUAUGCAAAACUACUUACAGGUCUACAAAAAUAAAAAAUGCCUCAUGAUUUAUUGUGA